AUGUUGUUAAAGUGCUCUUUUUCGGGCAACAAAGACUGGUGGAGCUGGGAAGCCGAUCCGGGUGGAACCUUCUCUGUUCAAAAUAUUAAGAAGUUGAUUCGAAGUGGCAGAGACGUGAGGAGGAUUCAUGACAUGGUGUGGACCGGGUGGGUACCGAUUAAGGUGAACAUUCAUGCGUGGAGGCUCCAUAUGGACCGAUUGCCCACAAAGAAGGCGCUGAUUAGGAGGCAGGUUACUGUGGAAGACGAUUCUUGUGUGAUCUGUCAAUCGGUGGAGGAAUCUGCUCUUCACCUUUUUACCGAAUGUUUGCUCAGUUGUGGCGUGUGGCACUGUGGCAGUUCAUUGAGAGAUGGUGUCGACUGGACCCUAUUCGCUUGCUCGAGAUCAAAGAUAUAA